AUGAAAUCAAUAGGACUUUCACUUCUCGAUUUGCAAACCAUGAGAGAGGCGCUCGUGAUGCUUCAAACCGGAUCACCUCUUCAAGUGCAUUUCGGUGAAAAAGUAUUCACAAGAGUGAAAAAAAACGUUCAAGAGACUUGUCACAUGCCUUUAACUACCAGUCCAGAAAAUUUUCUUCAACAACAAUCGUCUCUAGAGCCACAACAUCAACAUCACUCUUCAUUGCCUGACACUAUUUUCAUGGAACACUCAAAAAUCUAUCCCCAACAACAACCUCUUGGUCUUUUUUCAUCUCAGACAAGUCCCAACUCAUUCCCAACUCAACGUCAAGCAUGUGCCAACUGUCAAGCCACUGAAUCUCCUGUCUGGAGAAAAGGCAAUCAUGAUGAAAUGCUUUGCAACAAGUGUGGACUCUAUCGGUUAAGAUAUGGCAAAAAUCGACCAACUCAUGUGAAAGCUGGACGAAGACAAAAGAAGAGUUCUUCAAAGAAACGAGAUUUACAAGUGACAUCUGAAGAAGAAAGCGAUAAAACAUGUCAAGAGCAAGUAUACACUGCUUGUCCUUCUACCAAGAAAGUGAAAACGAAUCCUUCGAGCGAAAAACUCACCAUAGCUCCUCGUGAACCAUCCUUCAGCCCAGAUAGAAGUACUGUCAGUUGUCAAAACUCUUCGAAUGGCAGCGAUUUGCAAAAUUCCUCCUCCUCAACAUCGUCGACGAAUAACUUCAAUGAAUUGUCAUUGGAAUUUCUUGAAAAUGAAUCUCUUUUCAAUGACUUGGAUGGUCACGUGGAAGGAAUCAUUCCACAAGUGUCAGUUGUCGAAAAUCAUAAUAUCCAAUCAUCUAUGGACAUCCUCAGAAAACAAUUAGCAGAAGCCUCUCAACGAUAUCCAUUACUCAUGAAUACCUUAAUAUCAAUCAUAAGGAAACAUGUAUUGAAUCAACCCAACGUUGUUGCAAUGAUUCAAUCUCAGCAACAAUAUCCAAAAGUGCCAAAUGUCAUGCAUAGUCAUUAUUCACCCAUUUUAGAUUCAUUAGUUAGCUCACAACAACAGCCUAACAACAACAAUAACUUUUUCAUGCGAGAGAUGGAAUUUUAUUCGAUACCUCAAUAUUUUCACUUUAAGAGAAAUGCUUAA